AAAUCUCAAUCGUCUUGUCUGUGAUACAUGUUUCGCAGCAGUUUUCUUUCGUUGAAAUUUUUGAGUUUUGUUUUGGUUUCUAAUUUAUGAAGUUAAUGUGAAAUCAGUUGAAGUGCAAAGCUUACAAUGUCUGAUGAAAAUAUAACAGUUAGCGAUAAUUCAGAUUUAGAAGACGGAGGGACGCCAGAACUGCGUGGCUAUUUGAGUAAAUGGACAAACUAUAUUCACGGUUGGCAGGAUAGAUUUAUUGUUUUAAAAGAUUCUACUUUAUCCUACUACAAAAGUGAACUCGAAAGCAAUCUGGGAUGCCGUGGUGCCUUAUGCCUCAAAAAAGCUAAAGUCAAGCCUCAUGAAUUUGAUGAUUGUCGGUUUGAUGUGUCCGUGAAUGACUGUGUCUGGUAUCUGCGUGCCACCAACCCAGAGGAGAAACAGCAAUGGAUUGAUGUCCUGGAAUCUUUUAAAGUGGAGUCAGGCUAUGGUACUAGUUCAGACAGUAGCUCCAACGGAGGAGGCCUGCGGAGACAUGGCUCUGUCACAUCACUGCAGUCUACUGGCUCUCAUGGUCGAACGGCCCGGCGGCUCACGGAGAAGAUCUCGGAGCUGGACACGUACGGCGAGCUGCUGGCGCGGCAGGCGGCGGAGCUGCAGGGGUACUUCGAGCAGGCGGCGGCGGCGGCGGGGGCGGGAGGGGAGGGGGCCGAUGUGGUGGACGCGGCUGGCGUUGCUGACGGUCCAGAGCGCCCCACAUCAGACUCGGUCCGAGCCGCCAGCGCGUCGUUCCGGGCGACGUGCGCCGCCACGCUGGCCGCGCUGCAGCAGUGCGUCGAGCUCAUGAAGAAGCGGGACCAGCAGGCGCGGCAGGCCGAGGAGCUCUACAUGGCGUUGAAAAACCAGCUGACUGAGGCGAGGUUAGCCUCCAAGCCGUGCCCAGAUCACGAGGAAGGCCCGCACUCUACUCUGCCCGACGAUGAGUUCUACGACGCCGUCGAGACAGGGUUCGACAAGAUGGAGCGGCAGAUCUCUCGCGUGACGCCCUCCGUGGUGCUGACGCGAGACCAGGUGGACCUGCCGCCGCCCGCCAUCGACGCGCGUCUCACGCUGCACCCGCUGUGGCCCGAGAUCGACCGGAUAUCAACAGAGCAGAUAACCGCCGCCUUCGAGGAGGUGGGAGGGGAGAUCGGCUGGCAGCUGUUCGCUGAGGAGGGAGACAUGAAGAUGUACAGGAGAGAGAUGGAGGUGGACGGCAUGGUAACGGACCCCCUCAAGGCGAUGCACAAGGUGCGCGGCGUCAGUGCUAGAGAGAUGUGCCACUACUUCUUCAACCCACGAUACCGAUACGAGUGGGAGACAACACUAGAAACCAUGCGCAUAGCGGAGGAGAUCUCGUGCGACGCACUCGUCUGCCACCAGACGUUCAAGCGCAUCUGGCCGGCGUCGCAGCGGGACGCCUUGUUCUGGUCGCACGUGCGCGCCGCGCCCGCGCACACCUACGCCGUCACCAACCACUCCACCACUAAUGAUGACUUCCCGGCGAACACGGGCGCCUGCAUCCGCCUCUUCGUGACGGUGUGCCUCGCGUGCCGCAGCUCCUGCCCGCCGGGGCAGCGGCCCACUCGAGACAACAUCACCACCAGCAUCGCCUACUGCAGCACAGUGAACCCUGGCGGCUGGGCGCCGGCGGGAGUGUUACGCGCGGUCUACAAGCGAGAGUACCCGAAGUUCCUCAAGCGAUUCACGCAGUACGUGGUGGAACAGUGUCGGGACAAGCCGCUCGCCAUGUAGUACUGAACGCACCCGGGAUCACCACCCACGUAUACCUUGUAAUUAUACAUACUGGGUGUUGAAUUAAGGGUAUAGUCAGCCGAUAGGGGGCGAUUCAGGGGUCAUUCUUAACUACUUUUGUUUGUAGAACGUUUUUUUCUGAGACCGCGUCCGUCGCCCCCUUUGGGAAUGCUAUGCCACUUUUGCAACACCAUGUAUAACACGUCCACUGCUGGAUAUAGGCCUUUCUCUCCACUAGCCUACCAAAAGGUCGCUCCGGCAGGCUUGAGGGCGUAUAAUGAACUGUUUAUAAAAAUAUUUUACGGGCUACAUCUGUAGGUCUGUAAAAUCGAUAAGAUUACAGAGCUGAGAUUCUAACGAACUGGCACUUUGUAUUUGUAUUAUAGUUUACGAAAAAUCAUUGGGGAUGUCUUAGAAAUGACUAUGCAUAUGUUAUGCAAUUGGGCGUAGUGGAUUAAUAUAAGUUCAGCAAAACUCUUUUGUUUUUCUAUAGCGUAUGUGCGAAUGAGGGAUUUAUUUGCGUAAAUGUAUUCUUUAGUGUGGUAAAUAAUCUUGUUGUAAAGUAAAGUUUAGUUCGUCAAAAGUGCCAGCUAAGCAUCUGAAGAGCUUAUAUUCGUUUUGAAUCUUGGUCAUAGGUUAGAUGAAUAAAGAUAUUUCACUCGGUAUGGGUCGUCAACGAGUAUUGCAGCAUUGUAGCUCUGCAGAAUAAGUAAAAUAAAUAUCUGAAAAACCCUGUUUAAAAUAGUAUUUACAGCUUUGACCAGAAAUAAGUUUAUAUACUUAGAAACUGUAUUACACCAAAGAAAGAAGUAAUUGUCUACUAAAACUUCUGGUGUAUCAAUAAAGGGGGGGGGGGCGACUCUGAAACAACGAAUCUUACAUCACAUCUGGUGUCAAAAUUUAAAAUAGCUAAUGCGAUGAAUACCCUUCUGGAUGAUCUUCUACAGUUAUUUUUCCAAUGCUCAGAUAAUGAUUGUGUUAGAAUUUGUCUGCUAAAAAUCCUUAUAUAUUUAGGUAUGUAUAUUAAUUAUGUGAGUAUUGUAAAAUCUAUCGUAAAUGUUUUGGCAGCUUUUUAAAACUUUUGUUGUCUCUGAGUUGUUCCCCAAUGGUCUGUUGAUGAUCGUACUUUUUAUACUUUAUGCGAUGUGGUCACAGGGACAAGCCUUAUGUAAAGUGAUUCAUAAAAAAAGAUACCUAUGUGUAUGAAUUUGUUUAUCUGCCUCUCACUAUUUUAGGUUAGAGGCAAAAUUUAAUAAGAGAUCACCAUAGCAUAUUUUAUCACUUAGUAUUGUAAUGUGUACAAUGUUACUAUCUCUUUCUGUUUACGCAUCGCAUGUUAUAAUGGAGUAGGAAUUGAUUGUUGAGAUGUUUUAGGCAUACACUUGUCUACGAAGGUACCUGGGGGCUGCGGGAGGCUCGAUGCGAUCUGUUUUGACUUUCAAGUUGCGUAUUUUAUAUAUUUUAGUGUUACUGUUUUAAUAACACCAGAUAUAAGUUUGAAACUGGUAUAUAAUUGACCCACAAUGAUUUAAAUUAAUAACAUAACUGAAAAAGUUUCUUUUUAAUAGUUGUUAAUCUAAACACGUCUGUUUGUUCUGUUAAUUAAAUAAAUCUGGUAUUGACAGUAUUUACCCUUUUAUAAAUACCUAAAUUUAUCGGGAAAUUUUAAUCAACCGAAGACUGGUCUUGUAUCAUUCAGUAGUUUAGAAAAUAUAGAAAACAUGUUUCACAUAGGAACUAUUUGUUGAUGUAUGACAUUUUAUUAGUAACUUUGAGUUGUCAGGAUUUUGGGUUCAUUAUAAUCCAAUAAGUAUCACAUCAAUGCAUCGGAAAUAAAUAUACGGUAGAACAGGUAGCCUUGUCUCUUACAUAUUGUAUUCAGUUUCAGGUGGUACACUGAUUUAUGUACUUACCGUUGUGUCUACUGCGAUUUUUCACAUUUAAGCUACAUUCAUGUGUAUUGUUGUUUAUUCAAGUACACUAUUGUGACGUUAUAUUUCAUUCCUUCUUCUUUCAUUUCAACUUGUGCCUGAACUUAAGUUGAAGUAUUGUACCUUACAAGUUUUCAUAUAAUGAGUCCGAAAUAUAGACUUAUUGAUAGAAAUAUAAUAUAUUAAACUGCAUUUAUAAUAUAACAGUGUCGCAGGCGUAUAGUUAAGUUAUCCGGCAGUAUACAAUAUACAUUUUAACAUGUUUUUGGUUUACUUAUUAAUUGAUUUAGUUAAGUAUUUUUGAAGAUUAGUCAAAGGAUACUUAUUGAAGAUACAUGAUUAUGAUAUUAGUUCUAUGAAUAUGUUAACUGAAUAACUUAACUAAAAGCCGAAACAUGAACACAAUGUUGGAAUUGUAAUAAGUUAUAUAAUAUAAUGAAAUAUAUGUUUUUUAAUUAUUGUUUAUAAUAAAAUGAUUUACUUCUA